CAGAAUAAUGCUGGAGAAAUGGAAGCCCCCUUCACUAGCGGAACAGUUUAGCAACAUAACUUCAGAGCCAAGAAAAGCAGAUACAACAGGUGCCCACAGAAACAGAGGUAUAAACACUUGCUUAUCACCUUGCCUAAAUGGGGGUCAGUGUCUCUAUCCAGACACCUGCAACUGCUCCCUCUAUCAUGCCACUGGAUCACGCUGUCAAACAGUUCCCAAUAAAGGUUCGGAGAGAGAGAUGACAUGUCGGUCAUGGGGGCAGUACAAUUAUGAGACCUUUGAUGGACUUUACUACUACUUCCCUGGAAAGUGCAGCUACACACUCCUGAGAGACUGCGAGGACAGCACACAGUCAAGUGUGUCCAUACAGGUCCAAAAUGAUCCAGAUUGCAGUUUAAAUGCAUACUCCUGCACUCGCUCAGUAAGCCUCUUCUUGCCAUGGGAGGGUGAAAUUAGGUUGCAAAACUUCAAUGCCAGCUUUAAAGGUCAAAGUCUUCAGCUGCCCCAUAAUAUCCAUGAUAUUGAGCUAGAGCGGAUCUCCGACUACAUCCUGGUAUCACAGCAACAGAGGUUCACACUGGCAUGGCAGGGCCUCAGUGGUUCCAUCUACAUUAAGAUGAGCCCAGAGUUUGUAGGGCGCACUUGCGGACUGUGUGGUAACUUCAACGCAGACGUUCAGGAUGACCUAAAGACCAGCUAUGGUGUGUUUACAGAUGAUAUUGCUAUGUUUGGAAACAGCUGGAUUGUGGAGCAGCCGCAGAAGCCCUGUUCAAUACUUCCAUCUCUAUUCCAAUCACCCUGCUUUGCACUUGACCUCCAGAUUAUACAGAAAGUGGAGGAGGUCUGUGCAUCUUUACUAAAGGAGCCAUUUCAAUCCUGCCAUGAAUUUGUCAGUCCAUAUUCAUUCAUGGCCAGCUGCUCCAAUGACCUCUGCCUGUCUGAUCCCAGUGAUGAUGUGGUUUGCCAGGUGUUUACGGAAUAUGCAAGAGCCUGUGCUCAAUCUGGACACUCAUUACAAGACUGGAGAGCACAUUUUCCUGCAUGUGGUGUUUACUGUCCUGCAGAGCUACAUCACAGAGAGUGCAUCACAUGUUGUCCCAUGCAAUGUAACACUGAAUACGUGUGCAUCGACAGCAAGCUGCAGUGCCUGGAUGGCUGCUACUGUCCAGAUGACCUAAUAUAUGAGGAUGGGAUGUGUGUAAAGCCGUCAGACUGUCCAUGUGAACACCACGGAAUGCUCUACCCCUCAGGACACACCAUAGAAGAAGAGUGCAACAAUUGCACAUGUGUUGGGGGUGUGUGGAACUGCACAGAGCACAGCUGUCCAGGGGAGUGCUCAGUUACAGGAGAUAUGUACCUUCAGUCUUUUGAUGGCAGAAUUUACACCUUCCCAGCUACUUGCCAGUAUGUUUUAGCCAAAAGUCGCAACUCAGGCGAGUUUAUCGUGACGAUCCAAAAUGCUCCAUGUGGACCUAAUCUUGACGGGGCUUGUAUUCAGUCAGUGAGCCUUGUCCUUAAUGAGGACUCCCGCACCGAAGUGACGCUUAGCAACAGUGGAGAGGUGUUCAUGGCCGGCCAAUUCCGUAUAUUUCUGCCAUAUUCUGAUGACGUUUUUCAAAUCCAGGAGCUUUCGUCCAUGUUCAUUCAAGUAAAAACAGCAAAGGGGUUGCGCCUACAGUACAACUGGAAAGAAUUCCGCCUGUACCUGCAGCUUGGUGAGCUGUGGAGAGACGACACAUGGGGGCUCUGUGGCACUUUUAAUGGUAACAUACAGGAUGACUUUCUUGCACCCUCGGGCAUGAUUGAGAGCACUCCAUAUUUGUUCGGAAACUCCUGGCGAGUGUCAUCAGCCUGUGCUCCGCGGCCCAGUUUGUCUCAGCUUGAUCCUUGUGAUACUCAUCAGCAAGCAGCUUCUUAUGCCGUGACAAAGUGUGAGGUACUGAUGCAGGAGACGUUCAGCGUUUGCCAUGAACACGUGAGUCCCGUGGCCUUCUAUCUGCAGUGCCGCGCUGAUGUGUGCAGGUGUGGAACGCCGUGUCUCUGUUCGGCCCUUGCUCACUAUGCUCGCGCCUGUAGGAAACACAGCGUCAUCAUCGAAUUUCGCUCACACAUGCCCGAGUGCGCUGUGGCAUGUCCACCAACAAUGGAAUAUGGUAUAUGCGUAUCAUCAUGUGAACGCCACUGCCUGUAUCUGUCAAAGCCACAGUCAUGCGGAGAGGAGUGUGAAGAGGGGUGUGUGUGUCCUGAAGGAACGUACUACAGUACGCACACACACACUUGUGUACAAAGAAGCGAAUGCCCAUGUUUUUUUCAGGGAGCGGAUUUUUCUCCUGGUGAUGUGAUCAUGACAUCUUCAGAUAUACAAAUUUGUCAAGACGGGAAAAUCGUCUCACAAAGUAUUAUUACUGAUAAGUUGUGCCCCCCAGGUCAAGUAUAUGAGGACUGUGGAAUGAGGGGGAAUGGGCUAUUGGCCAGUAAAGGUUUGGCCUGUGUCCACACAUGUGAAUCGUACCUGCUCAACCUUACCUGCUCCAGCCAUGAGCCCUGUGUACCUGGCUGUAUCUGCCCCCCAGGGCUUUUACGGCAUAGCGAUGAGUGUUUUGAGCCUGGUGCCUGUCCAUGUUCAUGGAAGGGUAAAGAGUAUUACCCCGGAGAAAAAGUGUCUUCACCUUGCCAUCUUUGUGUGUGUCAACAUGGCUCAUUCCAGUGUGAGUUCCAUCCAUGUGCAUCUAUGUGCACCAUCUAUGGAGAUCGACACUACCGUACGUUUGACGGACUGCUCUUUGAUUACAUUGGAGAUUGCAAAGUGUUCCUGCUAAAGAGCUCAGCUGAUGUAACGAUGAGUGUGAGAGCAAAGAAUGUAGACUGCUUCGAAAGUGGUGUGAUCUGUAGGAAAACUCUCCUUAUCUCUAUUGGACAGUCCUUCAUAGCUUUUGAUGAUGAAAGUGGCAAACCUAAUCCAGUCAGCACUAUUGACAGACAGAACGUAUUCAUUUGGAGCGCUGGCUAUUUAACCAUCAUCCACUUAAUACAGUAUGAGAUCUCAGUGUUCUGGGACAGAAAAACCACCAUCCACAUACAAGCUGGACCCCGCUGGCAGGGGAAACUUUCUGGCCUGUGUGGGAACUUUGAUUUGAAGACAGCGAAUGAAAUGAGAACGCCUGAUAACAUGGAGUCAUCUACACCACAAGAGUUUGGUAACAGCUGGAUUGCAACUGAGUGUGUGAACAAUCCUGAUAUUAGGCAUCCAUGCAUUUUAAAUCCACUGCGUGAACCUUUCGCCAAGAGGAGAUGCGGGAUUUUGCUCAGUGACGUAUUCCAAGCCUGUCACCCUGUGGUGGACGUGACAUGGUUUUACACCAACUGUCUGGCGGACACAUGCAGCUGCACCCGUGGUGGUGACUGUGAAUGUCUUUGUACAAGUUUGGCAGCAUACUCUCAACACUGCUGCCAGCAGGGAAUCACCAUAGAUUGGCGUUCCCCAUCCCUCUGCCCGUAUGACUGUGAAUACUACAAUAAAGUUCUAGGUAAAGGUCCAAUGAGGCUGAUUCCUUACAAAGAGAACAGCGUAGUAUUAGCGGUGAAUCGAACAAGCGGAUUGUUGUUCUCAAAGAGGGGAGUAAUUAAUGCUGAUGGAGUUGUGACUCUAUUCAUGAUGACUCCAGGACUCAGUAAAACCCGCCCACAUGAUUCAUCACUGGUGUCAUUUGAAGCAGCAGACAGGCCAAACUAUUUCCUUAUCGCGGAGCAUACUGGCCAGUUAAAACUCUCCAAGUGGGAAGAGCGCAGGGCAUUCUGGGAUGCAGCAACAUUCAUAUUGCACAGAGACACUUGGAUCUCUGGAUUCGAUUCACUGGAAUCACUCAUGUGGCCUGGAUUCUUUCUACACUACAUGCUAUCCAAACUCCAGCUCCUGAAGUACAACCACUUGGCUCGUUACCGCAGAGCAACUCUGUUCAAACUUUCAAGUAGCACCACAGGUUCAAUGAGGACUGUGUGCCAAUGGAAGUAUGAGUCUUGUAUCAAUCCCUGUUUUCGAACUUGCAGUGAUCCAGCAGCACUGCGAUGUGUCACCAUCUUAAAGGCUGAAGGAUGUCUUCCUCAGUGUCCAGAUCACAUGGUUCUAGAUGAGAUCACUCAAAGAUGUGUCUUUCUGGAGGACUGUAUUAAGCUUCCAGUUAUACUGCCAGAACCCACCACAAGUGCUGCCACCUCAAGUGCUGCCACCUCAAGUGCUGCCGUCACCUCUCCGACAUCUCUGCCAUCAGCAGCUGUCUCUACAGGGAGAAUCCCAGCAGUAGAUGCACUCAACACUACAAUUCCUCAUACAAUGACAUCUUCUUCAGAACCUAGCAGUCCAGCUACCUCAACUGUCACCACUCAAACUUUACCACUGUUGGCCAACCCUAGCGCUUCCCCCACAAUAUCUGUGGAGCAGGGAACUGUUACAACCUCAGAUACACCUGCUUCCUUCACUAAGCAAGUGGUUAAUACUUCUAAAUCCACUGGAAUGCCCACCACUGUCUUCUCUACCACCCCUGUCACUUUAGGGACAAAGACAGCAUUUGUGUCAGCUUUGCCAACUGAAACGACCAAAACUUUACAUUCAGCAAUAACAACAUCACUAUCCACUAGCACCAGUUCAUUCGCAGCCCUUAGCACAGCUAUGCCCAUCUCUUUAGAGAAGCAACCAACUACUGAAAGCGCUCUCCCUAUUAAAUCAGUCAUUACCACUGAGGGCACAACUGAGUCCAUGUCACCAUCCAGCCGAGAGUUAAUUUUCGAUACUACGACCAUUAAACCUGCCACUCUUUUACACCCAUCUACUACUGUUGACAAAACUACACAGACCACUGCAUUUUCCACUGCCAGUACAGAGACUGAAUCCAUAGCUCCUGCAUUAGACCUAAUUACUUCUGCCACCACAGCAAAUCCUACUGUAACAGCUCCAUCGCAAACAUUUACAUCCAUUCAGCUGCACCCUACCAGUCACAGUGGCAUUAGCACACAGAAAACAACUUUAGUGCAUGGGACAGAAACCAGACAACCUUCACUGGUACACACCAGAGAGAAAGAUAUACCUACGUCCCCUACUGCGCAGAAAAUAUCAACAACAUAUUUGCCUGUUAAUCCCACAGAGACAUCAAAUAAAUUGCCAUCUGUAUCUACCUCCCGUACAGAAGAGCAAACUGUAACUUACAAAGUCAUCACAGAAAUGGUCAGCCAACCAACCAAAAUUUUAAAUGUGCCUUCAACAUUCUCUACAGCUGAGGGAGUAGAACUUACAGCAACAACAACCGCAGAGAUAGUGCCUGGCCCUAAUACGACUCACACUACUUUCUGGUCUGCUGGUGUCCUGCCAUCUCAAGCCACCUCCACCACACAGCUUGCAUUUACCCAGCCUGUACCUUCAGAACGUGCUCUAACCACCAGCAAAGCCAUAGUUACAGAAACUGUCACUAGAAGCACCCCAGUGUCCCAUAUAACUACACAAACUAUGAUUUUUCCUUCAACUACAACACACAUCACAACAUUUCCAACUGUACACAAUUUACUCACACAUACGACAAGUCGCACGUCAUUCCCACUGGUGAUCAAUAGUAGUGUGUUUACAGCUACCACAUCAGGUUCCACAGAGUCACUAUUAAGUACUUUGAAGGCAUCCUCUACCUCAGCUCACUUUACAGACAGAACCACUAUAUCUAAGACUCAGUCUCCCAGUACCUCUCCCAGUACCUCUCCAACAACUGCCAUGACUGAGUCCAAGACAACAGAGGUGGAUCAUGCUUAUACGCCAAUGCCGUCUGCUGUUACAACGAGCAAAUUAUCAUCUGCAGCAGUGUCAGAAACCCAGACAGUUUCGACUGCCACAUCCAGCACAGCUGAGCCUCAGUCAACUACAUCAACCGCAAUGAACAUGUUUACUUCACACACAACCUUCAGCUCUGUGACCAGUCAUCCCGAAACAGAGAUAACUGAUUUUCCUCCUCACACUGGCAGAUCUGAACUUUCUACUACUACGUCAACACAGCCAUCCUGGUCAUUUGUACCGUCCGGUUCUGAAAUAACUCCAUCUACAGAGAGUGUGACCAAAAAAGUCACACCUUUGAUGAUCUCUGCUUCCCCAUUAAGUACACUCAGAACUCCUGAGAUCACCACGACAACACACGCUCUUCCUCCAGCUGUAACUGAGACACCAGUGACAGUUACAGACAAGAUGCAGGUUACCACUCAACCCUGGAAUACAACAAAGACUGAUUCCCAAACUAGCUCCUCAGGUUCAUUUCCAUCUUCAACUAUUACUAACACUCAGCCACAGAAUAUGACAGAAUACAUGACUGAUAAGGGCUCCACUUUGACACCGACCAGCAAGAGAAUCGACACAUCAACCACUGAUGCAUCUCAUGUCUCUAAUGGCACGGCAGAUUUCACAUCGACCUCAUCGAGGUGGCCAUUGUUGGGUGAGCCAACAUACACAAUCUCAGAAAGAUCACCUUCACCAGACAAUUGGAAAACUGCCAGCUCUCCAUCAACCACCUUACCCUACAUAACAGAGGCAAAACACUGGGCAGUAGAGGACACUCAUACUACAGUUCUGUCCACUUCAGCAAAGGAUGAUUAUCCCAGCAAUGUCUGCACUCCACCGUAUUCUGAAGUCGUUGAUGAGUGUACUAAGCUCAUUUGUGUGAAUGGACGGAUGCUCUUGUUUAACAAGUCCCAGAGCUGCCCCUAUGCCUCUAACCCUCCAAACUGUGGCCUGCUUGGCUUUGCUGUACUGGUCAGUGGAGACAAAUGCUGCCCGAAGUGGGAUUGUCCGUGUCGCUGUUCAGUGUUUCCCGACCUAAACGUGAUCACGUUUGAUGGAAACAACGUAGCCGUCUAUAAGGCAGCAACAUAUGUAGUGGCACAGUUUCAAAACGAGACCAUUAGCAUUCUGGUACAGGACUGCCACAAUUCAGACAACAAACAUGUGUGGAACUUUACUCACUUGUGCCUGGCAGCUCUAAAUAUUACACAUGACCUUAACCACGUGGUCAUCAAUCGUUUACAGAGAAAUCUGUAUGUGAACUCCAGGUUUGCAAAGCCACGCUUUAAGAAGUAUGGUUUUGAAGUUCUAGAUACAGGGAACAUGUAUCUGAUAUGGACCCCUGCUGGCCUAAAGAUCCAGUGGUUUCACAGCACAGGCAUGCUGGUAAUUGAAAGAGAAAUGCACACCAACAAGGUUUUCACCAUGGGUUUAUGUGGCUGUUGUGAUGGAAACUCACUUAAUGAUUUUACUAUGGCAAAUGGUACUGUACUGGCUGGUAAUGAAGAUCCAGCAUUAUUUAUCGAUAGCUGGCAGGUUGGCAACACCACAAGCUAUAUCAGCCAGAGCCGAAGGAGGGAGGUGAACUGCUCUACCAGUGACUGCUCUGACUGCCUCAAAAUGCUCAACAACCUCACCUUCCAGGCCUGUCACCGUUAUGUUCCCCCUACUGCAUUUUGUGAAGUGUGGGUACGGGAUGCAGAGUAUGUAAACAACCCAUGCGUCGCACUUGCUGCAUACGUCGCCUCCUGCUACAAGUUCAACAUCUGCAUUGAGUGGAGAAACCCAAACUUCUGCCCAUUUGUGUGUCCUGAAACGCUGCAAUAUCAGGCAUGUCUGCCAGCCUGCACAGCUCCUUCAUGUCCUAAUCAAGAGUUUGAGUAUGAUGCAGAUACCUGCUCUGGCUUGACUGAGGGAUGCGUGUGUCCAGAGGGAACUCUGCUUCAUCGACCGUACUCUUCACUUUGCAUUUCACCUAACAAGUGUGCCUGUACUGAUAGUUUUGGAACACCACAUGCCUUGGGUGAGAUUUGGAAAGCAUCAGUGGAUGGUUGCUGCAUGUAUCGUUGUGAGAGCGAUGGCAUCGUGCCUGUGGAGUUCGACUGUAGUGAUGUUCCCCAGCCGAUCUGCACACGAGCAGGAGAGGUCAGCAUCAGCCUGGCUGAUGACAACAGCUGCUGCCCACAAAGAGUCUGUGUGUGUAAUCAAAGUGUAUGUGAGGCAGCUCCAUUGGAAUGUAAAUUUGGUCAGAAGUUGGUGUCAUACUUCAGACAUGACUCAUGCUGCCCAGAGUACACUUGUGAAUGUGAUUCUGACCAGUGUGUGCUGGAUGUUCCUGUGUGCCGUGAGGAUCAGAAGCUAAUUGCCACCUUUGCUGAAGGAAGUUGCUGCCUGGCACACAUUUGCAUGUGUGACGUAUGUUCAGAAGAGCUUCCUAAAUGUGAGGAAGGAGAGCUGCUGACCGUGGAUGCAAACAGUACCGAUCGUUGCUGUCCCAUUUAUCACUGCUUGUGCGAGCCUUCCCGAUGUUCAGCCAUAACAUGUCCAGUAGGAAUGGUUCCUAUCUCCACGGUGGUUCCAGGACAGUGCUGUCCAUUACAGGCAUGCGAAUGUUCAUGUGAGAAAAUUACUCGGCCUAAGUGUUCCCUGGGUGAGAGUUUGCAGUUAGACCGAGCAUUUGUGGUGGACCCUGAGAAUCACUGUGGCUGCAAACGAUAUAACUGUGUAAGAAACGCAGUGUGCCUGGAUGGAGAGAGGGGUGUGAUGAGGCCAGGACAGACUAUUAUAGAACAAAAUGCUGUGGGAGUCUGUCAUACCACGAGAUGCACACACACAUUUGACUCUGCCACUGGAUUCUACCUCAUAAAAGCAACCAGUAUUAACUGCACCUCACAAUGUCAGCCAUACCAGGUUUACGUUCCCUCUAAAGACCAGAGUUCCUGCUGUGGAGUUUGUAAGAACGUGUCCUGUGUGCAUUAUAGUGACAAUGGAUCUCUGACAUACAAGCCAGGAAAGAGCUGGGUUGAUGACUGCAUGCACUAUGACUGUGUAGACACAAAGUCUGGACCAGUGCUGGUCUCCUACCCGUAUAGCUGCCCCCCCUUCAACGAAACAGAAUGCAUGAAGAUUGGAGGCACAACAGUAACAUACAUGGAUGGAUGCUGCAAAACAUGCACCGGAUACUCAGUCUACCCCUUCCCUGUUAGCACACUGAAACCCACCAUUAGCACAAACUGUGAACGAGGCAAAGAGGAUGGAAAAUCAUGUCAGAAAGUGACAGUGCGGAUGACAAUCCGGAAAAAUGACUGCCGCAGCAACAGACCGGUAAACAUAGUGUCAUGUGAUGGCAAGUGUCCUUCAGCAAGUAUAUACAACUACAACAUCAACACGUACGCACGGUUCUGUAAGUGCUGCAGGGAGAUGGGCCUCCAGAGACGCUCUGUACAGCUUUACUGCAGCAGCAACUCCACGUGGGUGAACUACUCAAUCCAGGAACCUACAGACUGCUCCUGCCAGUGGUCAUAAAACACGUACUUGCCUCGACUGAUACCUUUACAAUACUGUACAUUCAUAUUCUCCUGAAUUUCACUGUGCGUUCUCUCACUACAACUGUCAAGUUUGGAACUUGAACAAAAAAUGUUACUCAAUAACUCAACUUGAAGAAUAAUGUUACAUAGAGCAAAAGAGUACAAACGUUCAUAGCUCAUAUCACAUAAACAUGACAUGCAUUAUUAUUUUUUACUUUAAUUAUCUUUAUUUGCAAUGUAAGGUAAAUACAUUCAGCCAUGAUUUAUAAAGCUUGUCAAUAUCAAACCUACUGAUUAUAUCUUGACUCUUAGUCAAGAUACUUAACUUAGUCGUUCCUUUGGGUUUUGUGUGAGGCAAAAGAAAAAAAACACAAUGUAUAAUAAACUAAGGAUAACCUUUUUUUAAUGUAGUAUGUGUUUUUAUGUGUGAUUUUGGAAGUAUUAAUCAAGUGUAUUUUAAAAAACUAAAUUGUAGCUGUAUUUUGCACACUUCAUUUAUUUAUUACAUUAUAAAACAAUUAAAAACGUACGUUUUGUUUAAUAAACACAUAAUUUAGAUUGUGGAA